CAAACGUUAACCGACGCCUUUUGAAACCAUAGAAACAAACUAACUUGCCAAGGCAGUUCCGGGAGAAUGAAAACAUGGAGGCUUUAGAAGAGGGAAUUUCAAAUGCAAAGAGUUAGCGAAGUGAGAAAGGUGUACCUAACAGACAACUAUUGUGCAAACAAAACAUUCAAAAGUGUUUAUUUUUUAAGUUACAGUGACAUUUGCUUUAGCCAGUAAGUUAGCUAGCAUCGGAGAGCGCUGCAUAUUCAAACGAGAAGUGGGGGGAAAAUGACUAAAGUGAGCCCACGACAGCAAUGUCUUCUGGCGGCUGGCACCGACCCCGACAGCCAACCUGUUCCUCAAUGUCCCCCGGCCCCCAUGGGAUAUUAUAAGCUUGUGAGCCUUCCAGACAAAGACCUGACCCUCACUCCUGACAAGGUGGGUAAAGAGGCAGGGAUCCUGAAGAGGGGCCGAGGAGGAAAGCAGGCCCAGAGACAGGUCCGUUUUGAUGUCAGCCCAAGAACUAAAGCCCUAGAAAUCAACCCAACUAGAGCAUCAGGAGAGGAGCCUGGUGUCAUCACUGUGAUUAGCCAGUCAAGCUACAGCCCCUCAGAACUACAGCAUCCCAUCAGAACUGCAAGCAAAGGCAAAAAGAAUUACAAGAAAAGGAAAGACUCUAAAGCAAAGUCAAGGGCAUUACCUUGUGAUGGGCGGUCAGAGGUGUUGACUCAGGCUCAGUCUGAGGUGCCCUGGGAGGGUGCGGAGCUGAACACUACGCUCGCGCUUAAGGUGGAGCUGGAGGGGCUGGCUGAAGCUGCGUUUGACUCCAGGAAGGCCGUACAAGAGCAGCUGAAGAAAUCCACCCACACCAAGAACAACAUCGCCAUCAAAGCGACCGAGGGAGUUAACAUCCCUCGCUCUCAGAAUCUGUACCAAUCACUCGUCAGCAUCAGUGUGUCAGAAGACCAGCUGAUCAGCUGUGCUCUCCGUGAUAGGCUGACGCUGGUCCCAAGCAACCACAGUAGCAAGAACCAGGAGAGUCCAGCAGAGGGCCCUGACCUUCUUGCCUUCUACAGCCCUGGGGAGCUGCUACGAGAGACUCCACUGCUCCCAGGAGACGGAGUGCAGCAGUCACGACCCCGCCCCGUGCCACGUCCCGCUAAUGCAACCUUUGACCUCUACCACAGACACAGACAGUGGGAGGCCUGACACCCACAGCACUGUCAAAGAAAAUACAUCUCCCACUGGAUAUUUUAUUUAAGAUGCUUGAAUGCAGAAUGGACAAGGUUCAAAUCGUGGUAAAACCAACUGCAAAACAUAUCAUUUUGAUCUAAUUAUGACAUAAUUAUUAAAUUAUUGCUUACUUCUAAGGAAGGUGAAGUUAAUUUGAAGGUUCUGUUUUGGCGAAUGGGAUAUUAUCCACCAAGACUCCGGUGCUGACUGUUCCUGGUGCAAGGAUCCUGAUGCAGCAAGAUGAUGCUGUCAGAGCAAAAUUUAUUCAUCUAAGGAAACUUAUUAGGACUGAUGGCAUGAAGACAACAACAGCUUGCGGACUUCUUGUAAACAGGCUUUUUUCUUUUUUGGCAGAUGAUGAAACGCUGUGCAUUGAAGCUUAACUGUAUAAUACAGCUGACCAAAUUAGAGCAUGCUGUUGGAGUCAACUUAUACACUUGUGUGCAUAUAACCACAAACUCUUCUCGAUCAGUACAACAGUAAAUUCCCACUUGUAUACAGCAUUGUUGGCUGUACAACUAUAAAUAGGGAUGGACUAGCAUUUGCCUGGUUUAGUUGCUUUAUAGAUGGGAAAAGCACACAAAUGUAACAAAGGAUCAGUCAUCAGCAGCUGAUUCCUUUUCCCUUGAGUGCUUUUGUUUCUGCCAAAAGCCUGUUUCGUGUCCUUGUGUCCUUCAAUACAAUGUGGUAUGUAAUGUGUGUUUGUGUGUGUGUAAGUGAGUGGUAGUUAAUAAAGUUGUUCAGACAAUUUA